GAAGUGUCAGCGGCCAGGAGUGGGACCCUGCAGCGCUUCUUUCCUUGCCGGCGGCCGUCACCGCGGCUAGCGGGUUAGGGCAGGGGAAAUGUUGCAGGAGGAGUCGGACCUGUCUCUCAUCAUUGCCCAGAUAGUCCAGAAACUCAAGGGCUCCAAUUUAUAUGCUCAGCUGGAACGGCAGGCCUGGGCCUGUCUUCAGAGACCCGAGAUCAGACUUGAAUCACUCAAAGAAGAUAUUAAGGAAUUCUUUAAAAUAUCAGGUUGGGAGAAGAAACUUCAGAAUGCUGUUUAUAGUGAACUGAAUGUGUUUCCUUUGCCCAGUCAUCCUUCUGCACCCCCUGAGCAUCUCAAAGAACCGUUGGUGUACAUGAGGAAAGCACAGGGAAGUUGGGAAAAAAGAAUCCUGAAGAGUUUAAAUAGUAUGUGUACAGAACUGAGUAUUCCAUUAGCACGAAAGAGACCAGUUGGAGAGCAGAAAGAACUUCUCAAUAAGUGGAAUGAAAUGGGAACUGAUGAGCCAGAUUUAAGCCUUUUUCGACCUGUUUAUGCACCUAAGGACUUUCUUGAGAAAGAAUGCUUUGUAGAACUUGGCUUAAGCACAGGACAACUGGGUAUAGAUGAUUCUACACAAGUGCCUCCUGAACUUUUUGAAAAUGAGCAUGUACGUAUUGGGCAGAAAGUUCUAGCACAGCAGGAUAGCGCUGCUGCCCAGCAGUACAUCCGACAAGGAAGUCCCACAGCACUGAGAGCUGAGCUCUGGGCCCUCAUUUUGAAUAUCUCCAGUCAGCCUGAGGAUAUCCUGUAUUAUGAGCAGCUCAAGACCAAUGUGAUACAGCAUGACCUUUUGGUGGACAGUCUAAUUUAUAAAGAUGUGAAGCUCACAGCAAGCAAUGAUGAUUACUAUUUUGUAUUUGAAGAUUAUUUAUAUCAGGUGUUACUUUGCUUUUCACGGGAUACAUCUGUACUGGGUCACUUUGCAUACAACAGUGCUUCACCACCGAAAUCAUACAUCAGAGGAAAACUAGGAUUAGAAGAAUAUGCUGUUUUCUAUCCACCCAAUGGUGUCAUCCCUUUCCAUGGAUUUUCCAUGUAUGUUGCACCACUGUGUUUUCUGUAUCAUGAACCUUACAAAUUGUAUCAGAUCUUUCGUGAGAUGUACGUCCGCUUUUUCUUCAGACUGCACUCCAUCUCCUCUCAUCCUUCUGGUAUUGUGUCACUCUGUUUGCUGUUUGAAACUCUUCUUCAAACGUAUCUUCCCCAACUCUUUUAUCAUCUGCGAGAAAUUGGAGCUCAGCCACUUCGGAUAUCAUUUAAGUGGAUGGUUCGAGCCUUUUCUGGAUACUUAGCUACAGAUCAACUCUUGCUUUUAUGGGAUAGAAUCCUAGGAUACAACUCUCUGGAAAUUCUUGCUGUGCUGGCAGCUGCCGUGUUUGCUUUCCGAGCAGUGAACCUGAUGGAGGUGACAUCACUGGCUGCAGCUGAAGCAGUUCUGGCUGACCUUUCUACUUUAAAAGUCAUGCCUCUUCUUCAAAUUUUUCUGUUUGCUACCAUCACCUGAUCUUCGAGUUCGCCUCUAGUUUUUCAUUAGAAACUAAUCAUGAACUAUGCAAACCUGCAUACAACCAGAAUUAAACUUUGCACAUAAGCCAAUAAAGAUCAUGUUCCCUCCUCGGUUAAAGCUAAGAAGUUUUCACUUUUUAAAACAAUAACCCUACACACCAAAUCCUGCGCUUGCAUGCUGACAAUUGUCAAGAGAGAAGCAAUAGCCAUCAGUUCUGCUGAAGCGAGCAUCCUACUUCUAACUCGUAACAGGCACGUACUGUAUAUGCAAUAAGAACUAAAGACACUGUAAUAAAUGUGAAGAGGUAGCAUAGCUUCUUGUCAGUUUGUAAACUUCUCCCUAGAUAAUAGUUUUAUUUUAUAAAUUGCUCCCCACUAAAGCAAAUUGGUUGGAUGGGGCUUGAAAAGCUGGAAAAUAAUGCAUUUGAAUUGCAUUCAAAUGUACUUUGGUAUUUUUAUCAACUUAAUUUAUGAUGGAUUUUCAGAUCCCUCCCAUUUUUUUUUUCUUCAUUAAACAUCUCUAUUGGGAAAAGGUAUACAAAUAUGUCCAAUAUUGUUUUGGCUUGGUUUUGUUGUUGCUUUUUUUUUUUUUUUUUUUUUUGACAGUCUUAUAUAGUAGCCCAGGCUCUCCUCAAACUCACUGUGUGGCAGAGGAUGGCUGAAUUCCAGAUCCACUUGCCUCCAUCUGCCACGUGCUGGGAUUGCAGGUGUGUCCCAUCACACCUGCCCCCAUCUGAUAAUAGUUUAUUCUUUCCUUUGGGAGUCAGAAUGCAUAGAGGGAUCCCUCUGCACUUCCCAGCCUGCCUCCCAUCUUUUACACAGAAGCCCUGACACUGUUGAUGCUUGGUGCCAGAUUCUGCUUCCUUGGAAGAAUACAAGGAGGAGGAAUCAAACCAGCUCUGCUUUGCCGAGGCGUUGUCCUUCCACAUUGACUUCAGAGCGGACCGGCUCAGAGACACCACAAGUGUUCAUUCAUUCUAGAGCAGAAGCCAUUGUUCAAAGCACUGGCUCUUAUUUUAGUGUUUAUUAUAAACAAAGGGUUUUGUUUUGUUUUAUAUUUCUUACCAAUAUGCCAUUUCAGUACAUGGAAUAAGAGACCGUAAAGGAAAAAGCAUUGUCUUCUGAUGUUAGGUGAAAACGGAAGAUGCUGAUCACUCUAAUAAAACUCAAAUCAAUAGAUUCUUGCUUUAUCUGAAAUUCAUUAAGUUUUAUCCAAAUGUAUCUUACAAAUCUGUUAUUUUUACUACAUAUAUUAGGAAAACUAUGAUAUUCAACAUAAUACUUCAAGUGUGGUGAAAUUUGGUGUCAAUAGCUUGCUGAAAGUCUAAAUUUUCUUAUUCAUUAGGUACUUGCUGACUUAUUGAAGUCUAAACAAUUUACUCUGUGAUUGAUUCUUAAUAAGUCCCCAUCAUAUGGUUUUGGUGACACAGCCGCACCAUAUGUCUUGCCAUUGUGCAUGUCUGGGUGCCCCUCCAUGGAGGGGACAAGCAUGAUUCUGGGACUAGUGUCCCCUUUUGUCACAGUGGCAAAACUAUUAGGAAGCAGUUGUGUUUUAGUGAUUUACUAGUUAGAGACACUGUAGUUGCCUGAUACACUCCACUGGAGAGUUCUUCUCCUAAAUAAUUGGAUCUGUUAUUGGCAGCUGAGUGGGAUACCAGACAGAUGGUAACAAAUGAUUGUUUCUGCUGUGUUUACCUUACACACUUAGGAAGGACCACAUGAGUAAAUAUAUAUGAAAGUGAUUUUUUUAAACUUUAAAAGACCAAUCAAAUAUGGUGUUAUUAAUUUUUAUGUAGCAUUUUAACUCCAACUGCUAGAAGGUAACACAUGAAAAAUGUCCAUCUUCAUUGGCAUGUGUGUUGCAUUUCUUGACAGCUUCAGAUUAUGUGUGUUGAGAAAUGAAUCUUUCCAUAAUAGGUGCUUUCAUUCAGUGCAGUCUACUCUAGCCAGUCACUCUGCAUUUCAGCCCCAGACCAAAGCUGGUAGGCAACUUCACACUUUGCCGCUAUGGCAAACCCCUGCAUUGCUGCUGUCCGCUGCUGGGUGAGCACUAUGUAGAGAACAGUUGGGCUGCUCUGCCCAUCCCAUCCCAUCCCAUCCCUUACUGUGCUUCUGCAUACUGCCUCCCUCGGCUUCCUUCCACUGGCCUUCUCCUGGGCCACCUUUGAUCAACCCUUGACACCCUUCCCUUCUGCUCUGCCAAUGACCACAGAAGUCUGUAGGCAAGUGGUGACCUGCUGGUGGCCAUGAGCAUAUAGUGAAAGAGCCUCACAGGCAGGCUGUGUUUGGUUCUUCUGAACUCAGUCCACUAACACACACCAUGGCUUUAUGUAUGGAAGAACCUGUCUAACCAUCUCUGGACCAGGAUGCUUUGCUUCUGCAGUUUCCUGGCUAACUAAAAUUCCAGCUUGACUUAACUGCCCACCUAGUGCUUCUUGCUGAACCCGGGCUCUCUCCUCCCACUUUUCAGGGAGAAGAGAGAGACCAAUAAGCUUUUACCUUCUCCAUUAUGUAAUCCAAAGCUUAGCUUGAUCCCCAUAUGUAAUUUCUUCCUUCUUGACUCAAGAAGUCUCUAAUCUGUUUCUCUUGUACUUUAAAUGCUGACUAGUCUGAGUUAUUUCUGUGUUUACAAAGUGUGACUACUUGUUGCUUAAAGGAUGAAGUCUCUGCUCACUAGCAUAGCAGGAGUAAUUCCUCAUGCCUGGCCUUUCCAUUUCUUUGUCCCAUGAUGAUCCAUUCUCAUGCAUCUCAAUCUCAGCAAAAUGCAUGACGAUCUUCAGCCAGUUCCAGAUGUUCAUUUCCUCUCUAUAAAAGGAACCCACAUGUUCAAGGUCCUGCUGAGAAAAGACUCUUCUGUUGCCAAGAUAUGCUGGAUCCUACAUAUUAGAAUUAUUUCUGUGUCUUUGUUCAUCCAUGAACAAAGUGCUUAUAAUAGUAGGUAUUGUUAAGGUCAUUGUCAUUGACUUCCUAGCUGUCCAAGUCACAAGAAGAGAUUGUCUACAUGAGUUUGUAUUUCCUGAGUUGUUCCAAAGUUUUUGGCAUAUGCUUUUCUUAAAUAUUACAAAUAUCUGGUCUCAUCCUUCCACAAAGGCUCUGAGCCCUGCUCAUAGUUUGUCUCUUAACUAUAUGCUUCAGAUGACACUGACUCCUAACCCCAAGCUCUCUCUCUGGGUUGCUCAAGCAGUCACAUGUGCUAUCCCACUGGCCAUGGAAUGAAUGACUUUGAUAUCAACUCAAAGUCUAUGACCAGUGAAAGCCAAAGACACUUGGUUAAGAGUCUCUGAUUUAACUUUUCAGGGAAACUGAAUGUGAGAAAAAGACUAUGACCCAGAUCCAGUAUCUUGUCAAUGGAGAGACAGAAAAGCUGCUCGUGGUCCUUGUGGUCAUCAAAAUGCACCCUAGUAGGCUUCUACUGGACCCUUUGUACACAAGCGAAAGGAUUUUCUUUGUUCUUUGCAACAGAAAUGAUCCUGAUGUCUGUAGUUAUUUCCCUUGGAGCUUGAAAUCUGUUAGAUGUAGAAGCUCAGUCCACACACUGUUCAAACUGGUGAAGGACUUCUAAACUCUUUAGUCAAGGCAGAACUGUGGCCUUACAAGGAUAAAGCCUAUCUUCUGUGCCUCCCUGAUAUACAUAACAAGGGCCUUUGACCUUUGGUCCUUUGUCAUAUAACUCCUUCAUUUAGAAUGCUUUCUCUUCUCUUCUUACCUAACUAUAACUUGUACCUCAGAACCUCCCUCAGGUGAUGCCUCAUCAGGAAGACUGCUCCUCAUACCCUAAAUCAGCCCACGCCUUGCCACUGUCCUAGCUUGCCUUUGUUCUCUGCUACAUUGCAACUCCUCGAGGGCAAAACAUGGUCUCAUUUUAGCUUUCCAUCUCUAGAGCCAAACCUAGUCCUUGCCCUAUUAUAGGCUUACUAAAUGUUUACAAGUGAAUGAAUGGGGCCAUCUAAUUCUGCAGUCAUUUUACUUGUGAUGGGAACACUGUUCAGAGUGACAUCUUGUCCAACGUCGUGUAGCCAUUUUACCUUUAGUUUCCUAAGGAGGAAGUUUCAAAGGGAAUAAUAUCUUUAGAGGAGAAAAGUACUGCUUUAUUUUUCUAAGUGGAUGAUAUGUAUACAACAAAACCUUACAUAUGUAAAAUAGAAUUUUCUUUAAGUGUACAGCUCGGUACGAAUAUAUGUACCUAUGUCACCACUUUUGACAAUUGAGGUAGCAGAAUGUUCCCUUUGUGCCCUUCCUAUUCAGUUCCCUGCACACUCAAAGGCGGGGGGUGGGGGGGAACUCCAAACAGUCAUAAAAUGUGCUGGGAUUCCCACUGUGGCAUUGGUAGUUCACUGUCAGUGACAACCGAAUACAUACCUUCAUAGAGGCAUGCAUCUUCCUUCCCCGAGGCAAGUGCCAAGUGUAACAGAUAAUGUGAGUCACAGGUACACACUUGUUUACUGUCCUAAGAAGUCUUAGGUUCUUUUGUGAAGUGAUUCCACCGUUUACCUUCCCCAAAAUUCAGGAGUUGCAGUGGCUCCAAGUCCUGGUUGUCGUCUUAAUUAAGCUAGUAGGUGGGCAUGGUUUUUCUGUUAUUUCCCCAGUUAGAUAUAACAGCAUCUUAUGCUUAGUUGCUGUUUAUACAUGUUAUAUGAACAUGUUUUGUUCAUUUAAAUCAGUUACCUUCUUAUUACAUUUUAAGACUUCUUUAUUGUGGCUAUAGCUGAGCAAUCCCAUUCUGUGAGUUAUCCCUUAUAUUUAUGAGCUAUUCCUUUUUUCUUUUUAAUUUGUGUUUUAAAAUUUGCCCUUACUCAUAUUGACAUACAAUUCAUUAUUUCCCCCAUACACAGCACUGAUUACCCUUUUCAAGAGCAAAAGCUUUAAUUUUGUUGAAAACAAACUUAGCAUUUUUUAAAGGGGUUUUGUGUACUAUCUAUAAAAUACGUGUGUAACUCAAAGUUACAGGUAUUUUCUCCAUGUUUUCCUCUAUAAACUUUAUAAAUUGAGCUCAUUCAUUUAGAGCUAUGUUUUUUUCCUUAAGUUUCUUUAGUAUGUGACAAGUCAAGGGCUAAGGUUCAUGUUUACACUCUGGUACCCACCUUUGCUAAGCAGACCAUCUUUCCCUUCUGCAUCAAUACCUCUAUAAAGUCAGGAGGAGGUACUCGCUGGUAUCUGGACUUGAUUUUAUUUCCUGUGGAUUUGUGUCUGUUCUUACUGCAACAACAUAGCACCUUGAUUUUUGUGGAUUUAGAGCAAGUCUUGGGAUUGACUGUUCACUUAUGUCACAAUUAUUUAAGCUAUUUCAGUAUUGUUGCUUUUCUAAAUAAAUUUUAAAAUCAGCAUUUCAGUUUUCCACAAAAUAACUUAUUAGAAUUUUUUUAAAUACACAGCAUUAGCUCUAUAAGUAGGGUUAGGAACAAUUGAUAUCAUAAUAUCGAGCUGUCCAGUCUAUGAGCACAGUGUUUAUCUUCCCAUUUACUUAGCUCUUUUAGAUUUUUACUCAAUAAUAUAUUGUAGUUUUGAGUAGACAGUUUUUGCACAUAUUUUGUUUAAAAUAUCCCUAGUUAUUUCACAUUUAUGUUAUUGUAAACUAUAUUUUUAAUUUUCAAUUUCCAGUGUUUUGUUGUUAAUAUAUAUAAAUACAACUAAAUCUUUUAUAUUCACUCUGUAUUCUAAGAUCUUGAAAAACUUAAUACUUGUUAUCUUUUCUUGUAGCUUCCCUAGGAUUUUUUACAUAUAUAAUAUACCAACUGCAAAUAAAGAUAAUAUUACU